AUGGUCGGUGGGAAAGCCGAUGUUGCAUAUACUUGGAACCUCAUGUCAACUUGUGACUGCACGACAUGCGGCAUUCUCUCCGUCGAUAGGAUAUGGAAGUUGUGGACGAUCUGGAGUCGAUACACUUCGCACGCCGUUCCAACAUGUCCACCAGCAGAGGACUCCUCGCCCAUCACGGCGAUCCAGUCACCACCACCGACUAUCGAAGCAGAAGCUAAAAAGACCGUAACCGACCUCUUCACCUUCAUCACAAACCAAGGCACCAGCGACUACCUAGGCGAACCCAACUCCCAACUCCAGCCCUCCCUCCAAGCAGCAACCCUAGCCCAGCACGCCGGCUGCGACGACGACACAAUCCUAGGCGCCCUCCUCCACGACAUCAGCCGCUUCAUCCCCGCAGGCGAGAAAAUGGACUCCAUGGUCGACCACGAGGGGACGUACGUCGGCAAAGCAAGUCAUGAAAUCGUCGGCGAACCCUACCUCCGCCCCCUCACCUUCAGCGCCAAAACAUGCCACCUCAUCGGCUCUCGCGUCAUAGCGAAGCGGUACCUCGCCGCCAUUGAUCAGGCUUACUAUGCUGGUUUAAGCCCAAGUUCCAAGACGACGUUGAAAUUCUAG